UCCAUUUUACCUGCCUCCAAUAGAUCCAUGAUAUCUGACAAGAACACAUAUGCUGGAAAAAGGUUUGUGCAUGUUAAAAAUCCUUACCUGGAUACUAUGGAUGAAGAUAUUCUCUAUCACUUGGACUUAGGAACAAAAACACACAACCUCCCGGCAAUGUUUGGGGAUGUAAAGUUUGUCUGUGUUGGUGGGAGUCCCAACAGAAUGAAAGCAUUUGCAGUAUUUAUGCACAAGGAGCUCGGGUUGAAGGGAGGUGAGGAAGACAUUAAAGACAUCUGCGCUGGAACAGACAGAUAUUGCAUGUUCAAAACAGGCCCUGUGCUCUCCAUCAGCCAUGGCAUGGGCAUCCCCUCCAUUUCUAUUAUGCUUCAUGAGCUCAUCAAAUUACUACACCAUGCACGGUGCUGUGAUGUCACCAUUAUCAGAAUUGGUACAUCAGGAGGAAUAGGGAUCGCACCAGGGUCUGUUGUAAUAACAGAUACAGCUGUAGACUCCUUCUUCAAGCCCCGGUUUGAGCAGGUCAUCUUGGACAACAUUGUCACCCGAAGUACUGAACUUGACAAGGAACUGGCUGAAGAACUGUUCAACUGUAGCAAAGAAAUUCCCAACAUUCCAACCCUCAUGGGACACACGAUGUGUACCUAUGAUUUUUAUGAAGGACAAGGUCGACUAGAUGGAGCAUUAUGCUCCUUUUCUAGAGAAAAAAAGUUAGAUUACUUGAAGAGAGCGUAUAAAGCUGGUGUGAGGAAUAUCGAAAUGGAAUCUACAGUGUUUGCAGCCAUGUGUGGACUCUGCGGUCUAAAAGCUGCUGUGGUCUGUGUGACACUUCUUGAUAGACUCAAUUGUGACCAGAUCAACUUGUCCCAUGACAUUUUGGUGGAGUACCAGCAACGGCCUCAACUUCUAAUCUCAAACUUCAUCAAAAAGCAGCUUAGACUUCGUGACCAGAUGUUAUAA